CAAUCGGCAUGGCUCUUAGAGAGAGCCGCUGCGAUUUUGAAUCUCCGGCGGCCCCGGAAGCCAUGGCGGCGCAGCUCGGGCGAGUCGGUGUCUGAGGAGGACAGCGUGGGAGUGCUUGGUUGGAUUUGAGUUUUGAGCGUGCCACCCACAGACUAAUCUGCACAAUGGCUGACAGCAGUGUUUUAGCCACUGCUACCGGGACGGCUAGCUUGGUGGACUCUUCCAUUUUUGAUUCUAAAGUCACUGAAACGUCCAAGGAAAACUUGUGUACAGAAUCUACUUCAUAUGUUGAUGAAGAAAUGCCUCAGGUUCAGACACGAGUGGUACUGGUUCAAGAAGCUGGGAGCCGAGAAGAGCUGCUGAAGGCCGCAAAGACUGUUAAAAUAAUGGAAGUCCCUGUUAUAAAGAUAAAAGAAAGUUGUCCUGGAAAAUCGGAUGAAAAAUUAAUAAAAAGUGUUAUUACUCUGGAAAUUAAAGCGCCGUGUGUCAAGAUGGACUCAAUGGAAGAAUUUGGAGGUUUGGAUUCCCCAGAAUUUGAGAACGUGUUUGUAGUCAUGGACUUCCAGGACCCUAUCUUUGAUGACUUAUACAAGGCUGACUGUAGAAUCAUCGGACCACCAGUUCUGCUCAACUGUGCACGAAUGGGAGAGCCCGUGCCGUUCUCGUGCCGCCCGCUGUACUGUGCAAGCAUGGUGGGCCUGGUGCUAUGCUUCACCGGCUUCAGGAGGAAGGAGGAGCUGGUCAAAUUAGUGACAUUGGUUCAUCAUAUGGGUGGAGUUAUUCGAAAAGACUUUAAUUCUAGAGUUACACAUCUGGUGGCAAAUUGUACACAAGGAGAAAAAUUCAGGGUUGCUGUGAGCCUGGGUACCCCGAUCAUGAAGCCAGAAUGGAUUUAUAAAGCCUGGGAAAAACGGAAUGAGCAAGAUUUCUGUGCAGCAGUUGAUGACUUUAGAAAUGAAUUUAAAAUUCCUCCAUUUCAAGAUUGCAUUUUAAGUUUCUUGGGAUUUUCAGAUGAUGAGAGAACCAACAUGGAAGAAAUGACCGAAAUGCAAGGAGGUAGCUACUUAGCAGUUGGUGAUGAAAGGUGUACUCACCUUGUAGUUGAAGAGAACACAGUAAAGGACCUUCCAUUUGAGCCCUCAAAGAAACUGUAUGUUGUCAAGCAAGAGUGGUUCUGGGGAAGCAUUCAAAUGGAUGCUCGCGCUGGAGAAUCUAUGUAUUUGUAUGAAAAGGCUAAUACUCCUGAGCUGAAGAAAUCAGUGUCCCUGCUGUCUCUGAGCACCCCAAACAGUAAUCGCAAAAGGCGCCGAUUGAAAGAGACACUGGCUCAGCUUUCAAGAGAGACGGACCUCUCGCCUUUCCCUCCCCGCAAGCGGCCCUCAGCUGAGCAUUCCCUUUCUAUAGGAUCGCUCCUCGAUAUCUCCAACACACCAGAGUCUAGCAUUAACUAUGGAGAAACACCUAAGUCUUGUACCAAGUCUUCUAGAAAUUCCACUCCAGUUCCUCCAAAGCAGUCAGCCAGGUGGCAAGUUGCAAAAGAGCUCUAUCAGACCGAGAGUAAUUAUGUAAAUAUACUAGCCACAAUCAUUCAGUUAUUUCAGGUGCCCUUAGAAGAGGAAGGCCAGCGUGGUGGGCCUAUUCUUGCACCAGAGGAGAUUAAGACUAUUUUUGGGAGCAUCCCAGAUAUCUUUGAUGUACAUAUGAAGAUAAAGGAUGAUCUUGAAGACCUUAUUGUUAAUUGGGAUGAGAACAAAAGCAUUGGAGACAUCUUCCUUAAAUAUUCAAAAGACUUGGUAAAGACUUACCCUCCCUUUGUGAACUUCUUUGAAAUGAGCAAGGAGACAAUAAUUAAAUGUGAAAAACAGAAGCCCAGGUUUCAUGCAUUCCUCAAGAUAAACCAAGCGAAACCAGAGUGUGGACGACAGAGCCUCGUGGAACUUCUCAUUCGGCCAGUACAGAGGCUACCCAGUGUUGCCUUACUUUUAAAUGAUCUUAAGAAGCAUACAGCUGAUGAAAAUCCUGACAAAAGCACUUUAGAAAAAGCUAUUGGUUCACUAAAAGAAGUAAUGACACAUAUCAAUGAGGAUAAAAGAAAAACAGAAGCACAAAAGCAAAUUUUUGAUGUUGUUUACGAAGUAGAUGGGUGCCCAGCUAAUCUUUUGUCAUCUCACCGAAGCCUCGUGCAAAGAGUGGAAACAGUUUCUCUCGGCGAGCAGCCCUGUGACAGAGGAGAGCAAGUCACUCUCUUCCUUUUCAAUGACUGCCUUGAGAUAGCAAGAAAACGACAUAAGGUUAUCGGCACUUUUAGAAGUCCUCAUGGCCACACCAGACCCCCGGCUUCUCUGAAGCAUAUCCACCUGAUGCCUCUUUCUCAGAUUAAGAAAGUGCUGGACAUAAGGGAAACAGAAGAUUGCCGGAAUGCUUUUGCUUUGCUUGUGAGGCCACCCACCGAGCAGGCCAACGUCCUGCUCAGCUUCCAGAUGACGUCAGAUGAGCUUCCCAAAGAAAACUGGCUGAAGAUGCUGUGUCGACAUGUGGCCAACACCAUUUGUAAAGCAGAUGCUGAGAAUCUUAUUUAUACUGCUGAUCCAGAGUCCUUUGAAGUCAAUACGAAAGAUAUGGACAGCACAUUGAGUAGGGCAUCCAGGGCAAUAAAAAAGACGUCUAAAAAGGUUACAAGAGCAUUUUCUUUUUCCAAAACUCCAAAAAGAGCUCUCCGGUUGGCGCUUAUGUCAUCCCACAGCUCCUCGGAGGCCAGGAGCCCUCCCAGCAGUGACAAGCAUGCAGUGAGUCGUCUGUCCAGCACAUCAUCCUUAGCUGGCAUUUCAUCUCCCUCCCUUGUCAGCCUGCCUUCUUUCUUUGAAAGGAGAAGUCAUACAUUAAGUAGAUCUACAACUCAUUUGAUAUGAAACUUUAAAACCAAUCUUACGGAACCUCAUACUCUAAUAAGAACUGACUUCAUGGUACUUUUUAAUUAGCACUUGAGAAGUUGGAAAGAAGAAAAGUAACACUAACCAAUGCCGUUUAUUUUCUUCCUGAAAGACUAAGUUUACCUCUUAUAUUUUUCAAGGUAAUCCAUGUAAAAAAUGUAUUGAUUUUGGUGUAAUUUAUCUUUGUUUGACUCCCUCAUUUAAAGACCAAUAACUUAAGUUAUUCAUGGUGAUCAGUAGCGUUGUAACCCCCCAAACAGUAAAUAAACUAUUUGCACUGGGUGGGUGCAAAAUACUGUCUAUUUGUAUAGUAUCUUUGAUGAGUUUUUGAACGUAUGUAUUUGUGUAUCUCAAUUUGUGCAAAGACUAAAUGAUACUAGAAAACCUCUGAUUAAGUUGUAGGCUUUUAUUCACGUGCAUUGGUUGAUGUAUUUAACUGCUUUUUGUAGUGUCUUUUCAAAUAUUUUCAAGAUCUAGCAUGUGGAUUUUUAGAAGAUACACCUUUAUUAAUGUUAGAGUACAAUGAUUAAGAUCAUUUGGAACUAUCUUUGCAAAUUGAGAUAAGGACAGAAAGAUUACAAAACAGUGUGUAUAUGUUGCAAAGGCACGUAUUGGUAUAAACUUUAUAGCUAUUUCAGAGACAAUUUUUUGUUUUAGCCACUUAGCAAAUCCUGACUUAGUCUGAUAGCGUAUUGGGUUUUAUUUCAAAGGAUAGCACCAUGGGAAGCUGGUGAAGAUUGCGUAUAUUCUUCAUGCAAUAGUUCCAAACUUGCCAUCACUUCAACUGAUCUGUGCGGUGCAGACAGUGUGAUCAACUUUGUAUUAUGGUCAUGUAAUUAAAUGUAAAAUUGGAAGUUUAUUGUAAAAUAUUUUCCAAACUGACAUUAUCUUUCACUGUAGUGUUUCUUAUAGUCAGAAGUAGAGAAUGUUGGAGUUCCUGUGAAUAAGUAUAUUUUUAUCUCCUACACGUUUAAGGGAGUAACUGCUUUAAUAGUUUAACUGACUAUAGGGGUUUUUU